CGAAAUAGAAACCGGAAGGAGUUUCUUGUCUUCAUUUCUAUGGAUUACAUCCUACAUAGAGGUCGAAUGCAACAAAAAAGCAUAAAACUCGAUUGACAAACCGUCAAGAAACAAAUGAAAAUGAAAUCAUAUGGUCGCCGAGUCAUUCAGUGCUCAUCUUAUAGUGAAACGAUCAUGAUUAGAAACGAUCUACACAAAAAUAUAUAAAAUAUAUACCUAGGAAAUAAGAAACUCAGACACCGCCACCGAUCAUAUCAAUCAUUGGUUAAUACGUAAGAAUAAAAUAAAAUUUAUGACUGCCGAUUGACAGCCGUAGGUAAAUGAUAAGUGGAUUUUUUAAAUAUGUUCUGAUUUGCGAAGAAAUCCCGUGAAAGGACCACAGCUUAUUGAUACGUAACCUGUGAUCCCCAAUGCAAGAGUAUGGUGGGUCGAACAAGACUGACCACCGAGAGGGUGAGCGCGGACACCAAGAUUUUCAUCACUCCGUGAUGCAGAAAGGCAGCUAUGGAUGCUCCAACAAAGACAUGUCUGAUUCGAACAUGGCGACGUACUGCCGAGUGGCGACCGGCAUCUACGAAGCUACGGCGGCUGAGCAGCAGUACCAAAAUCAGAGAUACAACAACCCGUCGGCUCCAACUUUCAGCUCGCCUCCCAACUCCCCACUGGUGGGUUUAGUCUUCGAUCCAUCUACGACCAACUACAAGAUGGACCGUAAUUCUAACACAGAUAGACGCUCACACAGCACUUGGUCUCUCUCGUACCAAGAACCCAUAGGAACGGGCGCUAGAAAAAAAAUUGUCAAGAGCCAAGAUAAAAGACAAGUUUACAGCGCCGAUCCGCGGUACCAUGAAAGGUAUAAGGACAGUAGCACCGAGACGGACCGACAUAAGAACAAAGAUAGAAACCUGACAUCUGAAUCCACCUCGAGCCUCGAUUUUUUCGUCGAAGGCGAACGAAUGGUGUCAGAACUAUGCAACAUGCCUGACUCUAACGCAAGAGCCGAUGCAAAUAAUCAAAAAUCAUUUCAAGACGAGGACAAGAACAAACCUUCCGGAUCAUCCGACGUCCUUCUUACCGCUCUAGACAAGAUCGUAAUUCACGAUCAGAUCCCAAACCAGAUUGUCCAACUUGCUAUUGAAGCUUGCACUGAUGCUGAAAAUAUAGCCAUUGCACAUCAUAACAGACCUUGCUUCAAAAAUAUACAUUCUAUUUGUGCAAAAACUAGAUCCAAUGUACAGAAGCCGGAUAGUGCCGUGGCCAACUUACACUCACAGGGCAUACCGUGGGUCAUCAAAAACUUUAUAUUCUCUUUCGUCAGAAUUCUAGACGGCUGGAAAGGCGUUAAAGAACUUCUAAGUGAGAAACACGAUACAUUUUCUAGAAUUGAAAACAAAUAUUAUAGCCCUAAUAUCCGUGAAUGUUUUGUACAAUGGCAGGCGGUUACCAAAGAGAUGUUGACGCAUAUUUAUAAGACCUACAAGUGUCUAGAUCACGGUUUUACUAUGGAGCAAAAGAGUUUUACUCACAAUUACUACGCCACAAACUCUGCGGCUCCGCGCCAUCAGAACCAGAGUAAGUUUCAAACAGUGAAACCCCACGUUAGUACCUCAAGACCCGUCAACGCCUCUCCUCAACCGUUCAAUGCCGUCCAACCGCCAUGGGUGCAGAACCAAAAUCAUUCACCCUCUCAGACUUUCAACGAAGGUCCGUGGCCGGUCAGAGCUGGAGUUGCCUUCAAGAAAUUCCCUGUUGUGCCACCCCCGAGCUCUCAUAACUUUUAUCCUCUAAAUGAACAGGGUGAUAUGGAUGCAUAUCUAAAAGGCCCGUACAAGUGCGACCCUUGCAACUUUCGGGAAGCAAAACCUCGCCAGUCUUGGACUAUUACCAACAUGCCUGAUUUCAGAGCUUUAGAAAACAUGUGCCAUGCUGAGCAAAGAGAAUUAUACAACCAAAUGAAGCACAAAAUGGAUGCAGAGCUCGGUAAAGCUCCUGGUCAGCCAAUCAUGAGCGGCAUGUUGUUCGAUCAGAUGCAACGUCGAGACAUGGAACUAAAAGCGAAAAUGAUACCUUUAAGUCAUGUCGAGAAAACUUUAAUACCAAACAUAGCGCCCUCUGUUGAGAUGCGAGGUCGGUACGUUCAGAAAAACAACAGCUGCGGCGACACAAAGGAAGAGGCCGAUUUUUUUGCGGCGUGGGGUCAGAUGGUCCAAAAAGAACCUAGCGAUUUUAUAACUCAUCACUCGCACAACGUUCAGGUUCCGUCGAACGUUGUGACGAUUCCAAAUAAUAUCUCUGGCCCCGUGCAAUUCAUUGAUCCUGAAAAUGAUGAGUAUCACGAAAUGUCGAAAGUUUAUAUGAAACCCGGAAGUUACAAAGUGCCUAUAAAGCCAGCGGAUCCGACGUCACCGUUUAUGCAAGGAUCGAGUCAAGAAGCAGUGUUUGACAACCCUUUAGUGGAGGAGAUGGCUUUAAAGAUGAAGGUACCCUUUCCACCUGUGACGUUGGCACCACAACCAAAGUACAACCUCGAGGCUUGGCCGUGCCUGAUGACGAGGCGAGGUGACGAUAUGUCGACAGACGAGCACAAGCUGAUGUCGAGACCCGCGAUGUCUGGUCUGGAUAUUAGAAACGCCGAAUCUUUAGAAAUUCUUACUAUGAUGACGUCUGAUCGCGCCUGGGAAGCAGCUAAACAAUCGGCUCCCAAGCUUGUAGACUUCAUCCAUGAAGGUUCCAAGUCGGAUACUGCGAGGUUGUACGAUGCUUUAGGAUUGAGUGCUAACGAUGAUCUCUCCGAUGAUUUAAAACAAGUGAAAUUUACAAUGGAAAACAAUGACACCUGGGCCGCUAGGAUGGGCCCUCACAACUUCAUUUCGAAGGACGCGCACAGUUUGUGGGAGAAUUCUUCAGCAAACCAAGACCAGUCAGUUCUGAGCAACGAUUCUAGCAAGUGUCUUGAUUCAGAGCCAAAAUCUCUUGAAUCCGACGAGGUUUCUAUUCCGGAAAAGAAACAAGAGUCGAAAGAAACUCGCUUAAAUUAUGAUCAGACUGGAAACUAUGUUAGAGGCGAGAACCAAAAGAAACCACCUAAAACCAAGGUGGCUGCGUCCGGAAUGUGGUACCACCCCAAGAAGAAGAAGCCAUUGCCCGCGGCUACUGUCAAAAAGUUUGAGGCUUUGCUUGGGAACCUAGCUCAACUGAACGAGGCCGCAUUCAUCCAGCAUGAUAUGGACAUAAAAGUGGCCCCCAGAUUCUAUGAAAUAGUGAAGUAUCCGAUGUGCCUGCACGAUAUCUCCACGAAGCUCAAAAAUUCAUCUUACACGGAACAUGAGCAAGUGGUUCAGGACUUCCGGCGUAUUUUCAACAACGUUCGUCUCUACCUAAAGUCUUACCCAGAUGCCGCUAUGAAGAAGAAUCUAAACAAGACGGCAGCAGAAUUUGAAAAGUUGCUGAACGAAGAAUUUCAGAACAAAUGGGACAAUAAGUCCAAGACUCAAGAAAACACAGAAGUAGACGGCAGUAAAAAGGAAGAGAAAGAAGACGCUAAAAGUGCAGAGAAUAAAACGGACGCAAAUAAGAAAACUGACUCGAAAACUAGCGAUGACAAGAAGUAAGCUUUUAAAGUGUCAGGUGGAGUAAAUAUAAGACACGGGUAUAAAUAAGACAAAGUUUUUAAACUCAAUAACUUAUUCUAUUUUAUUCCUAGGUAUGUCAUUUUUCAUUUAAAAAGAAGUCUACACAAGGCUUCUUUUUAAAUGGAAUAGGAAUGAAAUAUAAUAAGUUUGUGAUUGUUAAACUUUGCAUUAUUUUUACCCGUACCUUAUAUUUAACCCACCCGACCCUAGUUAGUUUUAGUUUUGCUAACUUUGAUUUCGCGUAGCAGAAUUUCAUAUUUUAUUGCAAACAAAUUUUUGUAUAAAUCGUUUGUUUUACCUAGCUAUUUAUUUAUUUUUAUUUACAUGCCCCCUACCUACUCCAUAUCAGAUGUGGAUGAUUAGUUUGAACAUAAGAUGCAUCUAGUCAUUAUAAAUAGAGAUUUGUUUAUUGUAAAUGUCAGUGAAGUAAUCUGAGCUUAUGGUAAGAAUAUAAUUGUAAUGUGUAAGUUUUUCGAACGAACUUUAUUCCCUUCGGGGCAAAACUAGAACUCUUGUUUUCCUUCUCUUACUUUGUAUUUUAGUUUUCUACUUGCUUGUGUUGUUACGUUUCUCCAUUAUUUGUUAUAAUUAGUCCAAUACUGUUAAAUUACCUACUUUCUGAUCAGCAAAUUCGUGUUGCAAAGAAAUUUGCGGGAAAAUUUUUCAUUUCUGAAUAGAUUAGCCGUCAGUAAUUUGCAAAUUUCUUCUUUUAAAGUUCCUUGUAAAGUUCAUGACAUAAUUGUUAAUUUUGUAAUAUAUUCUUUUGACAGACAAUGUUAUUUUGACGUUAUAUUUGUUGAAGAAAGCUAGUAAUAUUUAUCCCUAAACUUCCAAACCAACCACGAUACAGAAUAUUAACGAUGUAUUAGUCUUUUACCGACUCCGUAACUCUUUGAAGUCACUGAAAAGGAACGAAUGUUAAAGUCAGCGCUAACCAGGAUAUCUAGCAUGAUCGUGUUUAAGUCUGACAUAUAGCAUUCCCUUACUAGCAAGUAUAUAAGUGCGAGCAUUACGUCAGACAUAAACAUAAUCGUAAUCUUGGGGUUCUAAACCACCUACCUAUAGAUAUUAGUAUUUUUUAUACCAGUCUAUCUGUGAUGUAUAUUAUUAGGUAAAAGUUGAUGAUGAAUUUGAAUCGUUUUCACGAUAGUUUCCUAGUUGUACGAAUUCCUUGCGUGUAUAUAGUAGAUAGCCCUAAAAUUUCACAGGAAAGCUUUAAAAAGUGAGCACAUUUACGUUAAAAUAAAAAUAUAACAGUACCUACUACCUAGCUAUUAUCAACAGAAACCUAGAACUAGAUAACUCAAUUUUAAAGUCUGUCCCAUCGUAUCCGUCACUAAAACAUUUGUGCGGUAAAUUUUUUUACCCAAAUUUGAAUUACGCGCGUUUUAGUGACGACUAUGGUUAGUCAGACAAUUCGUUCUACCAGUACUUAUUAUUUUUUUUUGUCUGUACAUUUUCACAAGAAGCUUGUCACGAGAGUAAUUUAAUCAACUUACAUAAUGUUUAGAUAAGAUCUUGAAGGCGAAAACGCUUUUAAAUUAUGACUAACUUGUGUAUUAUAUGAUUACUGACAAAGUUUGCUGUAAGCAGCGUAGACAAGUUCCAUUUUUCAUUGUUAAAGUAUUUUAUCAACAUUUUUAGAGUCCAUUUUACCUGCCAUAGACUAAGUAUAGUGAUGUCAAAUUGACGAUUUUUGGCUUCAACUUUGGCUGCUUUCAUAAAUUCCAAAUUUGAAAUUGGACUAUGGGUGACGAUCCAGUUAAUUUUAAGUAUUCAUUAAGUUGUGAUUUUAUUUAUUAUUUAACUUAUGUACCUAAAAUUAUGGCAAGGGACACCUAUGGUAAUAAACAAGUAAUUUUGGUUA